GGAGCGGGGAGCAGGGGGGAUCCUGUGUGUGUGGCCGAGCGCAGCCCCGCCCCUCCCCUGUCCCCACCCCAAACCCUCUUAAUGGAAUCAAGCUGGCCCCGCGGCGGCCCGGGCGGGAGGCGAAGGCGGGGGCAGGAGGGUGGGCGGCGUCGUCAGCCCGGAGCAGCGGCAGCUGGCACUCCCUGUCGCUCCACCUGGCGGGAGCAGCCCGGCCUGCGUACGGACGGACGGGUCUCAGCCAGGAUGGUGUCAGCGGUGGUCCCCAGGCUGGCGGCGUCCGUGCUGCUGCUCUUCAGGACCCUGCCCGCGGUGGCCUACUCCGCGCCCCUACCCGCGGUGGCCUACUCCGCACCCCUGCAGGCUGGCUUCCUGGAGGACACAGGGGGUAGCGGGGAGGCCGAGGGCUCAUCGGCCUCCUCCCCAAGCCUCCCGCCGCCCCGGACCCCGGCCCUGAGCCCCACAUCGGUGGGGCCCCAGCCCACGCCCCUGGCAGGCCCCAAGCCCCCCACCAACCUCCUGGACGGGAUCGUGGACUUCUUCCGCCAGUACGUGAUGCUCAUCGCCGUGGUGGGCUCCCUGGCAUUCCUGCUCAUGUUCACCGUCUGCGCCGCGCUCAUCACCCGCCAGAAGCACAAGGCCUCGGCCUACUACCCCUCGUCUUUCCCCGAGAAGAAGUACGUGGACCAGAGUGACCGGGCCGGGGGCCCCCGGGCCUUCAGCGAGGUCCCCGACCGGGCUCCCGACGGCCGGCCCGAGGAGGCCCUGGAUUCCUCCCAGCAGCUCCAGGCUGACAUCCUCGCCGCCACCCAGAACCUCAAGUCCCCCGCCAGAGCUGCGCUGGGCAGCGGAGACGGAGCCAGGAUGGAGGGCAAGUCGGAGGGAGAGGAGAGCGGCGGCCAGGAGGCGGACCAGGAGGCCCAGGGACGUGCGAGCCCAGCGGAGAAAGCAGCGGUGCCGGAGGAGCGGUGCCCGGCCGUGGCGGAGGGGGCCCGGGAGGCUGGCCAAGGCCAAGGAGAGCCGGAAGCGGCUCCUUUGUUAGCCCAGGAAGCCAGGGGAGCCGCUGGUCCCCCCGAGAGCCCUUGUGCUUGCAGCGUCGUCCCCAAGGUCUGACAGGCCUCUGGGGCUCUGGCCCUGACUGUCGGACUCCUAGUGGUCACCUCCAUGGGUGUGGAAAGGCCCUUGACACUGACCGCUCCCUGACACCCCCUCCUAGGCCACCCCCUGCUGCAGGCAGAGACGCUGGUCUCCAGCGUACCCCAGGAAUCUCCCCGGCUUCCAGGAACAUUUGCCCCUGCAGCCCCAAAGGGCUGCGUCCCACACACAGCUUCUCUGGGAAGAGAGGGAUGGGAAGGAUCCCCAUUAUAUUCAUGAUAUUACAUCCCAUGAAAUCAGCCCUGUCAUUUGGGCCAACAUAUGCCACAGGUCCCCCGUGAUGGGGCCAACUUUGCCGCUUUUCCACGGAGCUAGGGAAGAAAAGAGUAACUAGGAGUUUGGGACGAGGGCGAACGGGACCUGCCGAGGCCCCCUGGGGUGAGAGCAGACAGAGUUACCACAGAAGUGGGCCUGGAGAGUCAGGAAGCUUCCGAGGGGCCCAUGCAUCCAUCAUGACGGCCCCCUAAGGGAGUGGGUCCAAGGCUGCGUUCCCCGAGCUACUCUGCAGAAAAAGGGUUUUGGGGGCUAGUGCGUUGAGGAAACUCUGCCUCUCCACUCCCUGCACCCCCACUCUCCACUCUUAGAGCACCCCAGCGUUCUGCAAAUACUCCAGGAAAGUCCCCCUGUGGAAUCUGGUUUUGCUCGGUCUAGCUCAAGCUGUUUUUAACCAAAGAGCACUUUUUUUUUUUUUUUUACAGUUACAGAA